AUGGCUUUCCCACCGAGGAAGUCGAGGCUCGUUCUGCUCACCGGUCUGGUGCUGGUCAUCAUGCUGGUGACGCACAUGAUGCCAGGCGACUAUUCCCUUCCGCCGCUGCUGCUGUCGCCAAACCCUCCCGCCGCCGGAGGCCAACCGCCUCAGUCUCCAUCACAUGAUGGCACCACGUCGUCGGCCUCGUGGACCUCGCAAUUCGAUUGGUCCAAAGCGAAGCUGUUCCACCCCCCCGAGUCGAUCAAACCGAUGCCGACUGGUCCCCCUCGAAAGCUGGGACGGGUGCAAGCCCCCGACGACGCCUUCAUCCACGACGACGAAACCAGGAAUCGGCAACGAGCCGUCCGGGAUGCCUUCAAGAAGAGCUACAACGCGUACAGAACACAUGCCUGGAUGAAGGACGAGCUCACGCCCGUCUCGGGCAGCUUCAAGAACCCCUUUGGCGGGUGGGCGGCGACCCUGGUGGACGCCCUCGACACCCUCUGGAUCAUGGACCUGCGAGACGAGUUCCACGAGGCAGCCAGGGCCGUCGGCGGGAUCGACUGGUCCGUCACCGACGACAGCGCCGCGAACCUGUUCGAGACCACCAUCCGCCACCUCGGCGGCCUCCUGAGCGCGUACGACCUCGGCGGCGACGGGCUCCUGCUCAACAAGGCCGUGCAGCUGGGCGAGAUGCUCUACCACGCCUUCGACACCCCGAACCGCCUCCCCGGCUUCUGGUUCAACUACCGGGACGCCAGGUCCGGCGCCCUGACCGCCGGCGUCGACGACCCCUCCGCCUCCCCGGCCUCCCUCUGCGUCGAGUUCACCCGCCUGUCCCAGAUCACGGGCGACCCCAAGUUCUACGACGCCACCGACCGCGUGACCCGCUUCCUGGAGAGGACCCAGAACGACACCCUCCUCCCCGGCAUGUGGCCCGUCCGCCUCGACUUCCGCAACGAGGCCGCCCGCAGCGGCGCCUUCAGCCUCGGCGCCAUGGCCGACUCCCUCUACGAGUACCUGCCCAAGAUGCACGCCCUCACAGGCGGCCUCGACCCCGUCUACGAGCAAAUGUACCGCGCGUCCAUGGACACGGCCGCCCGGAACCUCCUCUUCCGCCCCAUGCUGCCCGGCGAGGACGACGUCCUCUUCUCCGGCGACUUCCACGCCCGCGGCAGCAGCGCGGCCGAGCUCGUCCCCCAGAGCCAGCACCUGACCUGCUUCGCCGGCGCCAUGUUCGCCCUCGGCGGUCGCCUGUUCAGCAUCGACGAGCACGUCUCGCUGGGCGAGCGCCUCGCCCGCGGCUGCGGCUGGGCGUACAGCGCCUUCCCGACGGGCGUCAUGCCCGAGAUCUUCACCCUCAUCCCCUGCAACGACACAAGCGAGUGUCCCUGGGACGAGGCCGCCUGGAGGAGCCUCGGCGACGAGAACCUCCCCAGGGGCUUCGUGGGCGUCAAGGAUCCCCAGUACCAGCUGCGGCCCGAAGCAAUCGAGAGCCUGUUCGUCCUCUACCGCGUCACCGCCAACAGGGAGCUGCAAGACACGGCGUGGGACAUGUUCCGGGCCAUUCUGGCCUCGACUGAAACCACGCACGCGUACUCGGCCAUUUCGGAUGUCACGACGAGCGGGGAGACGAAAAAGCUUGAUUCAAUGGAGGUAAGGCACGCUGAACCCCCCGAACCCCCGAACCCCCUUCGCCCUCUUAAACGAAAGUAG